AUGCCGCCAAAACGAAAGAACUCGCUUACACCACAAACAACCAAUACCAAAAAGGUAAAAUCAAAGGAAGGUGCCCCUGACGCCUCUCAAAAUGAAAAUGAAAAGCAACCAACCGAGGCUGCUCCAAUACAAAAACCCGUUGCAAGAGGUCGCGGUAGACCAAGAAAGCACCCUAUUGUCGACCAACAGAGAGUGCCAGCCGAUCAGUCAACGUCAAGCUUGGUAAUAGGAAACCCCCCGUCCUUGUUGGCGGGGAGCAACCUUGCUGGGCAAGGCUCGCAGGUACCUAUGACGGAAGUAUCUCAGAACAAAGAAGCUCCUGCUGUUGCUAAACCGCGUAGAGGACGACCAAGGAAAAAUCCAAUCCCAGUCGAGUCGGCGCCCAAGGCGGAUCUGCUGCCAGCCAAAGAAACAAGUGCAAAAGGACCAGAAGGCAAUGAUAAGAGUGCUCCUCCUGCUUUAUCUCCCGGAACCCAGCAGAUUACUCAACAGAAAACGCAUCAGCCGGCGAUUAAAGACGCUGCCACGAUCACAGAUAUUACCAUCUCGAAUAGUAGUCAAUCAAUAGAUCUAUUACUACAACAUAGCAUCAUGCAUACACAGAAAAUUAUUACAUCCGUGGGCGAGUCUCCUACCCCGCCAAAAAAGAGGGGUAGACCAAAGAAAGUCAUAUCUGCGCCAGCUCCUGCAACCGCCUCACAGAAAGAAUCCGUCUUCCAACCGGUAGCGAUAGCGCCAGCAGAGACCGGUGCCAAAAUUUCAGGUGAUUCUGUUGCUGUCAGCGCAUCUCCUACGAAAGGAAAACGUGGACGCCCUAGGAAAAAUCCUCUUCCAGUAGGAAAUGAAAAACCCAAAACUACAAAAGUUAAUAAGGAAGAUAGUGUUAAAUCAACAAGCGCAACCUUGGGUGAGACUCAACCCGCGUCUAUCGAAGCCGCUCAACAAGUAACAGUUGUUAAGAAAGGGCGCGGUCGCCCACGGAAAAAUACUGUCGAAGACAAAGACGUUAAUAAUAAAUCAACAAUCGCGAAAUCACUUCCGGUGGAGGGUGAAAAACCGAAAAGCAAACGCGGCCGACCCAAGAAACAGGUAUCUCCAGAAGAGAGCGCGAAACUAGCAAAGCCAAAAGAUUCUUCCGCGCCAACACAAGCACGAAGGGGCAGACCACCAAAGCGUAAAUCACUCGAUAACGUUCAACCUGACGCUUCUUGGUCAUCGCAGGCUCCAGAGAGGGUUGACGCAGUAUCUAGUGAGCGCUCUGUACCUGGAGGAAGUACUGUUUCGGAUAAACCGAGCGUGAAAAAACCAAGACUAGACGGUACUGGGUCUAUCGAAGACAUAAUUGAAUCAGUUAAAUAUGCACCUCAGCCGGAUUCGCUGGUGCAUGAGGAGCGAUUGAAAAAACUAGAGAACAUGAGGAAUCGUUUGAGCACCUCCUCGCAAGCGAACCGUGAGGAAGUUUUUGCUGAACAUCAACGCAAGAAGAUUAAUCAUAAGGAGGAGGUUCGACGAGAAUAUAAAAAGACAGAAGCAGAGAAACUGCUUGCGCGACAGGAAAUUGAAAGGGCAGGCGGUGAUUACGAGCGAUUGAGGUCAUGGACAUAUUCAGCAGAGGAGGCUGAAAAAUGGGAAAAAAGAGAAGAAAAGAAGGCUAAACGUAAAGAAAUUGGAUUUACUGAUUACAAUCAAGUAGCAGAAAAGAAAUAUAACCGACAAAUUCACGAACUUAAACCCGAUCUCCAUGCAUAUCAAGAGGCUAAAGCACAGGCUGGAGCUUCGUCCGUUGAUGAUACGACUUUCUAUCGUGACGCCAAUUCUUUGGCUUUUGCUGGAGUCGAUAGUCAGCCCAGUCGACAGGCAGUUGAAAGGCUUGUUACUGAUGUUAGUAAACAGAUCGAACAACGAGAAAAGUUCUCGCGACAAAAGCCUGUUAAUGAAGAAGAAGAUAUCACGUAUAUUAACGAACGUAACCGACAUUUCAAUGAGAAGAUCGACCGGUAUUAUGGAAAAUACACUAAAGAGAUCAGAGAAAACUUUGAGCGUGGAACUGCGUAUGUUGACAAGCAUUGUCUGCUGUUGUUUGUAAAUAUAUCAAAUUCUUGGGAUGAUGCAUUAAACUUCUGUAGAGGUUUAUUUACCCAAAGAUGA